UCCGUUAUUAGAAAAAUUCGCAGAGAGAAGCUCAGAAAAUAUAUUCAUCUGACUAUUAGAGUUUGUGGAUCAUCAAAAAAUGAAGAUCACGGCAUUGUUGCUCAUGAAAUGCAGCAACGAUGAGGGAUCUGAGCCUCUGGUUCUUGCGAGCGCUUCAGAUGUUAGCCAAUUUGGUUAUUUUCAGAGGACUGGAGCCAAAGAGUUCAUCCUUUUUGUUGGCCGUACAGUUGCGAAGAGAACUCCACCUGGUCAGAGACAAUCUGUUCAGCAUGAAGAGUACAAGGUGCAUUCUUACAGCAGAAAUGGUCUUUGUGCGUUGGCUUUUGCGGAUGAUCAUUACCCCAUCCGUAGUGCAUUCUCUAUUCUCAAUAAGGUUGUAGAUGAAUAUCAGAAAAACUUUGGGGAGUCCUGGAGAACCAUGCACACUGAUGCAAAUCAACCUUGGCCUUAUAUAAGUGAAGCUCUCACCAAAUAUCAGGACCCUGCAGAAGCUGAUAAAUUGCUAAAAAUUCAGAGGGACUUGGACGAGACCAAAAUCAUUCUUCACAAGACAAUUGACAGUGUGCUUGAAAGGGGAGAGAAGCUGGACAGUCUGGUGGAAAAGAGUUCAGAUCUGAGUGCUGCAUCGCAGAUGUUCUACAAGCAAGCCAAGAAAACCAACCAAUGCUGUACCAUAUUAUAGACCGAUUCAAUUCUUGUAUUUGUGGAAGAGUUAAUGGUUCAGGAUCCUAAAGAGUGAGAUGAUGAAAAUAUUGUGGUGGUUGUAAUAAUGUCUAUCCCUAUUAUGCCAUUGUGGGUUUGCCUUAACUCUUGGGGCCGUGGUGGGUAGACUUUCUAUUCUUCUGUCUUGUGCUUUUCUGGUAUAUUUGGGACGAAGAACAGGAAAAUUUAUCUAGAUACCCAGUAGAGAUAAAACUAUUUAAUAUUCUUCCCCUA